UGUACAAAUGGGUACCGGUCAACUUAAUGCUGGGAGUAACCCUUGGAUGGACUAUCAUUCCAUCCAGGGGGAAUAUUCCUAAUUGCGUCAUGUUACAGGAACCGGAAUAAGCGCCGGGCUGAUGGCUAAUAUGCAGACUUGAACUUUAAAAUAUGACGAGCUUAGCCCUAUAUCAAAGUAACUCUCAAAUGACCUGGGAUUCGGCAGAUUUUUCUCAUUGUCAACUCAUACAAUUUAUCACGAAGUUAACCAUAAAUUAGGUUUUUUACCUUGCCAGACGUUAGCGUAAUACGGUAGUUUAUUGGUAACAUUAUCUCAUGACCCAUACUUACUUUACCUGUUUUAGGGUCGUCCUGGUAAUGUUGGAUCCCAAGGAUAUCAAGGAUCCCCGGGCAACCCGGGAAUUCCUGGAUCGAGAGGAGAACAUGGUGACAAGGGAAAACCGGGGAGAACCGGGAUGCCUGGAGGACGUGGCAGGCCGGGACAAAGAGGAAAGCGGGGAGCGACUGGUGACCCUGGCGCGCAAGGCAUCAUGGGAAUAGUUGGUUCCAGGGGCAAACCCGGACCGCAGGGAACUAUGGGACCUCCUGGAGAACGAGGUAUCAAGGGCGUGCCUGGAAUGGAGGGACCGCAGGGACACUCUGGAAGACAAGGUGAAAGGGGAGACUCGGGAGAUUACGGAGUUCGUGGGGUUCCUGGAGAACAAGGAGCGCGUGGAGUGACUGGAAGGACAGGUAGAUCUGGCUCGCCAGGUUUACAUGGCGAAGAAGGAGAUUCUGGCAAACCCGGUAAAGAUGGACCCCCGGGUGUCCCUGGCGGCCCAGGAACUCAAGGCCCCAUGGGAAUUAAAGGAGAACAGGGAAAAGCUGGUGAGAUUGGCGAGCAAGGAGAAGCUGGGCUCGAGGGACCGAAGGGUAGUCUUGGGCCCACUGGAACAAUCGGAGCGCCUGGACUUCCUGGACAGCAGGGGCCAGGUGGAGAGCUUGGUGAAACUGGUGAACCGGGGGUGCCAGGCGAAGUGGGAUUAUCAGGGUCUCCUGGCUCAACCGGGCAAGAUGGAACUCCUGGGGCAAAGGGUUCUAAAGGAGACGACGGCCUCAAUGGUAUCCCGGGAAGUCGGGGUUUCGUAGGAAAAUUUGGUGACAAAGGUGUUGGUGGAACAGUUGGUGCACCUGGGAUAUCUGGUGAACGCGGUGACCAGGGCAAACCUGGAAGAGCUGGAGCUCCUGGCCCGGUCGGGGAACCUGGGUUACAGGGUCCUAUUGGGCGCGUGGGUUCGUUAGGUCUGUCUGGUUCGUCAGGAGAUGCUGGCUCUAAGGGUGAAACGGGUGUCAGGGGAGCCCACGGGGCCCGCGGCAAGAGAGGAUCUAACGGAAAACCAGGAAACGACGGCCUGCCCGGGUCACGUGGAACCAAAGGAGACAGCGGAGAGAAGGGAAUGGCUGGUGAGGUCGGUCUUCCAGGAAUGCCGGGAGGCAACGGUGAUGCGGUAAGUAAUCAACAAAAACUUGUUAUUUUGAUUUUGCUUAUUUGUUAGCGAGUGCUUUUUGGUUCAUUUUCUAUUUGUUAUCUAUCAGCGACGGCUUUCUUCGUUUUCC